CUGCUGCCACGAAUUCAUCUUUUCUGUGGCUUCUGCUGCAAGAUUUUUCCUUGUUCGUCAGACUUAUUUAUCUCCAUAUUGGGCUUGAAGAUUUUAGGACCUAACAGGUCUUUCAUUAUGCACUUAAAGAAUUAAGGACCUUCCUGCUUUGAUGCGCCAGGACUGGCCUUAUUCUUCAGAUGGGCCCCUUUCUCUUUGCUUCAGAACAGCUUUGGAAAUUGUCGCCCAACUGGCCCAUCGGAGGCUGUUCAGAGAGGGAAGGAGGAUGAACAGAGAGUUUGACCCAGCAGGUCUGGAAGAAGAGGAAGUCCCAGAUGCCACAAAUGCUGAGAGAAGAAGGGAACUGCGGGAAGGAAGAGCGCAGAAGAGCCCGGGAGACAACCUCCCUCCAGAUGUGCAGCAUCAGCAAUUCAGGCAGUUCUGCUACCAGGAGGCCGAGGGGCCACGAGAGGUCUGCAGCCAACUCCACCUUCUUUGCCACCAGUGGCUUAAACCAGAAAGCCACACCAAGAAGGAGAUGCUAGACCUGGUGAUCCUGGAGCAGUUCCUGGCUGUCCUGCCCCCGGAGAUGGGGAACUGGGUCAGGGAAUGUGGGGCAGAGACCAGUUCCCAGGCAGUGGCCCUGGCAGAAGGCUUCCUCUUGAGCCAGGCAGAGGACAAGAAUCGGGACCAACAGGUCCAGGAAAGGAUCAUAUGGGAACAUUUCCAUAUAGCAGGUUUGCCAGGUGGUGGCCUGCAUUCUUUGCCUUCUCUUUGUGGGGGAGAGAAAGCAGUUUCUGUACAGCCUGGUCAGGGUCUGGUGACCUUUGAGGAGGUGUCUGUUCAUUUCUCUGAGGAGGAGUGGGCUCUGCUGGAUCCGGACCAAAGAAGGCUUCACAAGGAAGUCAUGGAGGACAGCUAUCAGAAGGUGGCCUCUUUGGGACUUCUGGUUCCCAAACCUGAUUUCCUAUCCCCAGUGGAAGAAGCGGGAGAUUCAUGUGACCAAGAUGUAGAAGAAACAGACAGCUCAGCAGAGUCUGAUGGUCCCCAGAAUAAGUAUAAAGGAGAACUGCGACAUCUAUUUGAUGAAAAACAGCAGAAAAGGAGCACAGGAGCAGACCAAAAGAUGGGGAACGAAUGGACUUCCGCUCAGGGUUCACUCAAAAGAAUUAACCCAGUGGAGAAACCUGAUGAUUGCUUGGAGAGUAGAAGGAGCUUAGGCUGGCAGGGGCAUCAUCCUGGCCAUCAGCACAGAGAAAAGACGCAUAAAUGCCUGAACUGUGGAAAGAGUUUUGCUCAAAAGUCACAUCUUACUGCCCAUCAACGUAUCCACACUGGGGAGAAACCAUAUAAAUGCUUGGAGUGUGGAAGGAGCUUUGCACGCAGUGAACACCUUACUGCCCAUCAGCGUAUUCACACUGGUGAUAAACCACAUGAAUGCUUGGAGUGUGGAAAGACUUUUUCUCAUAGUUCAGCACUAAUUAAUCAUCAUCGUGUCCACACUGGAGAGAAACCAUAUAAAUGUCUAGAAUGUGGAAAAAGUUUUGCUCGGGGUGAUCACCUUUCAAGUCAUCAACGAAUCCAUACUAGGGAUAAUCCACAUAAAUGCUUAAAGUGUGGAAAGAGCUUUGUUCACAGUGCACACCUUAAUGCCCAUGAAUGUAUUCACAAUGGGGAUAAACCCCAUAAAUGCUUGCAGUGUGAAAAAAGCUUUUCUCAGAAUUCACAGCUUAUUAUCCAUCAACGUGUCCACACUGGGGAGAAACCAUAUAAAUGCUUGGAGUGUGGAAGGAGCUUUGCACGCAAUGAACACCUUAUUGCCCAUCAGCGUAUUCACACUGGUGAUAAACCACAUAAAUGCUUGGAGUGUGGAAAGACUUUUGCUCAUAGUUCAGCGCUAAUUAAUCAUCAACGUGUCCACACUGGAGAGAAACCCUAUAAAUGCUUUGAGUGUGGAAAGUGCUUUGUAUGUAAAGCACACCUUACUGCCCAUCAACGUGUCCACACUGGAGAGAAACCAUAUAAAUGUCUAGAAUGUGGAAAAAGUUUUGCUCGGGGUGACAACCUUUCAAGUCAUCAACGAAUCCAUACUAGGGAAAAACCAUAUAAAUGCUUGGAGUGUGGAAAGACCUUUGCUUGGAGUACAAAUCUGAGCGCCCAUCAACAUAUCCAUGCUGUAGAGAAACCAUACAAAUGUUUGCAAUGUGGAAAAAGCUUUGCUAAGAGUUCACAGCUUGUUAAUCAUCGAUAUAUCCACACUGGUGAGAAACCAUAUAAAUGCCUGGAAUGUGGAAAGAGCUUUUCUCGGAGUGACAAUUUAGCAAGUCAUCGACGAAUCCACACGGGGAAACCACAUAAAUGCUUGGAGUGUGGAAGGAGCUUUGCUCAGAGUUCACAUCUUACUGCACAUCAACACAGUCACACUGUGGAUAAACCACAUAAAUGCUUAAAGUGUGGAAAGAGCUUUGUUCACAGUGCACACCUUAAUGCCCAUGAAUGUAUUCACAAUGGGGAUAAACCCCAUAAAUGCUUGCAGUGUGAAAAAAGCUUUUCUCAGAAUUCACAGCUUAUUAUCCAUCAACAAGUCCACAUUGGGGAGAAACCACAUAAAUGCUUGGAGUGUGGAAAGUGCUUUGUACGUAAAGCACACCUUACUGCCCAUCAACGUGUCCACACUGGAGAGAAACCAUAUAAAUGCUUGGAGUGUGGAAGGAGCUUUGCACGCAGUGAACACCUUACUGCCCAUCAGCGUAUUCACACUGGUGAUAAACCACAUGAAUGCUUGGAGUGUGGAAAGACUUUUGCUCAUAGUUCAGCGCUAAUUAAUCAUCAACGUGUCCACACUGGAGAGAAACCUUAUAAAUGUCUAGAAUGUGGAAAAAGUUUUGCUCGGAGUGACAACCUUUCAAGUCAUCAACGAAUCCAUACUAGGGAAGAACCAUAUAAAUGCUUGGAGUGUGGAAAGACCUUUGCUUGGAGUACAAAUCUGAGGGCCCAUCAACAUAUCCAUGCUGUAGAGAAACCAUACAAAUGCUUGCAAUGUGGAAAAAGCUUUGCUAAGAGUUCACAGCUUGUUAUUCAUCGAUAUAUCCACACUGGUGAGAAACCAUAUAAAUGCCUGGAAUGUGGAAAGAGCUUUUCUCGGAGUGACAAUUUAGCGAGUCAUCGACGAAUCCACACAGGGGAGAAACCACAUUGAAUAGCUUAGAAACCAUAUAAAUGCUUGGAGUGUGGAAAGACCUUUGCUUGGAGUACAAAUCUGAGGGCCCAUCAAGAUAUCCAUGCUGCAGAGAAACCGUGCAAAUGCUUGCAAUGUGGAAAAAGCUUUGCUAAGAGUUCACAGCUUGUUAUUCAUCGAUAUAUCCACACUGGAGAGAAACCCUAUAAAUGUCUAGAAUGUGGAAAAAGUUUUGCUCGGGGUGACAACCUUUCAAGUCAUCAACGAAUCCAUACUAGGGAAAAACCAUAUAAAUGCUUGGAGUGUGGAAAAUCCUUUGCUUGGAGUACAAAUCUGAGGGCCCAUCAACAUAUCCAUGCUGCAGAGAAACCAUACAAAUGCUUGCAAUGUGGAAAAAGCUUUGCUAAGAGUUCACAGCUUGUUAUUCAUCGAUAUAUCCACACUGGUGAGAAACCAUAUAAAUGCCUGGAAUGUGGAAAGAGCUUUUCUCGGAGUGACAAUUUAGCGAGUCAUCGACGAAUCCACACAGGGGAGAAACCACAUAAAUGCUUGGAGUGUUGAAGGAGCUUUGCUCAGAGUUCACAUCUUACUGCACAUCAACACAGUCACACUGUGGCUAAACCACAUAAAUGCUUUGAGUGUGGAAAGAGCUUUUCUUGGAGUUCAAAUCUGAAGGCCCAUCAACAUACUCACACUGGGGAGAAACCAUAUAAAUGUUUGGAUUGUGGAAAGAGCUUUGCUUGGAGUACAAAUCUGAGAGCCCAUCAACAUGUCCAUAAAGAAUAGAGAAACCAUAAAAACGCUUGCAGUGAGGAAAUAUCUUUGCUAAAUGUUCACAGCUUAUUACACAUCAAUAUAUCCACACUGGAGAGAAACCAUAUAAAUGCUUAGAAUGUGGAAAGACAACCUUUUUGGUCAGCAAUGAAUCCACACUAAAGAGAAACCACAUUAAUUAGCUAUUGUGGUUUUCCAGGCAAUGUGGCCAUGGUCUAGUAGUUUUUGGCUCCUAGUAUCUUGCCGCAUCUAUGGUUGGCAUCUUUAGAGGUAUGUCUCAGUGAAAUGUAUCAUGUAGAAAAACACAUCUUACUGUGAUAUGCAUCUGAAGAUGCUAGCCAUAGAUGCGGUUGAAACAUUACAAGUAAAAGCUACCAGAGGACGGCUACAUAGCCCAAAACCCACAACAGCUCUGGCUGUGGAAGCCUUUGACAAUUCAUUAAUUUAUAUUAGUUAUUGUAGUGUGAAAAGUUUUUUGCUCGGAUUACAAAUCUGUGGGUUCAUCACCACGUUUGCAUUGUCGAGAAACCUUGCAGUUGUGUGCAGUGUGGAAAAAACUGUUCUCCCAGCUUAUUAUCCAUCAGUAUAUCCACACUGGGGAGAAACCAUGCAAACAUUUAGAAUGUGAAAAAAGCUUUGCUUGGAAUAAUAAUCUAAUGAGUCAAUGACAGAUCCACACUGGGGGGAAACAACAUAAAUGCUUGCAGUGUGGAAAACCUUUUGGUCAGAUUUGACUGCUUAUUAGAAGAGCUUUUUUUGGACCUAGCUGUGCACUGAUGAAUCCACACUGGGGAGAAACCAUAUUAAUGCUUAUCUUAAAGUGCACCACAGAAUUCAACAGAGGAGAAACCACACAAACGGGUCCAGUGUUGCAAAAACUUUGAUGGCCCUUGUGGUCUCUUCCAAUCUUACGAUUUAGCCUCAAGCCCAGCUUUUCCAGGUGUCAUCAUCUAGAGCUUUUUAGUUAAUCUAGGCUUGUAUUAUACUGCUGUUGUAUUGGUUCAGGCAUGUUCAAUUUUCACCUGAAAUAUUAGGAAUGAAGUUUAUGAGAACACACAUUUUAUUUGUCCUACUCUGUGGAGGGGUGUCACAGACCUUUAGGGUUAAUAAAUUAUUGCCCUCACAGAUUAUCUCAUUAGACAAUUGGAUUGGAGCGGGUCAGCAUUGCUGUUUUUAUUCUGUCUUUGUGUUUAAUACUGUCGAUUAUAAUCUCUUCACCCAGUGCCUUGCUUUGAUGAAAUGAAUUUGUGAGUCAAUCCUCAACCAAGCACAGUGCUUAUUACCCUACAAUAGAGGACAGAGUGUAUCUCUGGGCAAGAGGAUUUCGUGACUAUACCCACUGAUACGUGAAGUCCUUCAGGAAGCGAUCCUGAUACUUUAGCUGGGUGUCUGGAAGCUGUGGUGAAAUGGCAACAGCCCUUCACGACCGGAUUCAACUUGUUGUGGUGGGCUUUCCGGGCUGUGUGGCCGUGGUCUGGUGGAUCUUGUU